AUGAGCAGAGAAUCGAUCAACUCUUUGGCGGAAGAAUUAAGACCAUACAUCGAAGGGAAAAACACUAUAAUGAGGAAAUCAGUCGACAUUGUGAAGCAAGUAGCCGUCACAUUAUAUUAUUUGAGCGACGAGGGUCGUAUGCGGAAAACAGCUAACGCUUUUGGGCUUUCCCGGCAAUCUGUGUCAAAAAUCGUCCGGAAAGUGUGUAAAGCCAUAACAAUUUAUCUUGGUCCAAAAUAUAUUAAACUUCCAAGGACUGAGGAAGAAGUAAAUUGUCUGGUAAAAAAGUUCCAUAGAGUGCACGGUUUCCCUCAAUGUUUGGGAGCAAUUGAUGGAACCCACAUAGAAAUUAGGCAGCAUAAUGCAAACUCAACAGAUUACAUCAAUCGUAAGGGUCGUUAUAGCCUUAAUGUUCAAGCUGCUUGUGAUUAUAAUUAUUGUUUCAUGGAUGUUGUUGUCAAAUGGCCCGGGAGUGUGCAUGAUGCGAGAGUAUUUUCAAACUCUAGUCUAAAUUCUUCCUUAAAGAGUGGAAAAAUUCCACCGUGCAAACGUACAAUCCUUCCUGAUGAGGAUCCUGUGCCAGUAUUCAUUCUGGGAGAUCCUGCAUAUCCACUUAUGCCGUAUGUUAUGAAGGAGUAUUCAAAUGGUGGGUCAACUGUGCAAGAACAAUACUUCGGUUUGACCUUGUGCAAGGCUCGCAUGGUAAUUGAAUGUUCAUUUGGCCGCCUUAAAGCUAGAUUUGGAGCUUUAAAGAGAGCAAUGGAUAUAAAUAUGGAUGAGCUACCAUGUGUCAUUUAUGCAUGUUUUAUGCUUCAUAAUUACUGUGAGAUAAACAAUGAAAAGAUUGGAGAAGAAAAGGUUUCCUCUGCCAUUGAUCACGAUAGAGAGUUUCAACCAGCUGUUGUUACUAACAAUUUCACCACUGAUUGCAAUGAAAGUGAGGGUAAGAAAACAAGAAGGAUUUUGACCAAGUACUUUGAUCCUUGA